UACAAACUGCGAGAUCAUGACCUGAGCUGAAGUGUUUGAGCUGAAAUCAAGAGUCAGAUGCUUAGCUGACUGAGCCACCCAGGUGCCCCUGAGAUAGUUUAUAUUUUAGAAAAAUCUCUUUGACUGCUCUGAGGAGAAAGAGCUGGAGAGAGGCAAGAGAGAACCAGGAAGAUGAAUAAGGGGCUUUCACAAUUGAUGGGGAGGUGAUGGUGCCCAGUAAUGAUCAUGAAGAUAAAGAACAGAAGACAGAUUGGAGGUAUAUUUUGGAGGUAUAUUAUCCAUUGACAGGAUUUAGUGACAGGUUGGAUUAAGGGUGUGAGAGAGAGGGAAAAGGAGCUGUCAGGAUGAUUCUCAGAAUACUUUGUUGGAGUGACUUAGUAGAUUGUAUAGAUGGUGGAAUAGGUUUUUUUUUGGGGGGGGGGGUAAAGGGUGAGAUAAGUGUUCAGUGUGGAACAUGUUUGCCUUUGUGAUAUCUGUAAGAUUCCUAAGUAGAGAAAUUGAAUUGAUGAGGUAUGUUACUCAGAAGAGCUACCCAUCUGGGAUGGAGAUACAAAUUUAAGAGUAGUUGGCAUAGAUCGUGCUGCAGGCUCUAUGGAUGGGUGAGGUUGCCUGUGGAUAGAAUAUGGAGACAGAGGAACAGAGAAUCUAGGCCUGAGCCCUGAGGAAUUCUCACAUUAAACAUCAAGUAAUGGAGGAAGUAGUGGAGCUCAGUGAGGGGCUGCACUGGAGCAGUAAGGGGGAAGACUAGAAUGUGGGGUUGCUGGGAAGCCCAUGGGGGUGUAUCAAGGAGGAAGGGAUUGGCUGUAUGGAAUGGGCUAAAACAUCCAGGAAAAUGAUGACGGUAAAGUGCCCAUUGGAUGUGGCAACAUGGAGGCUCUAGAUGAUGGUGGGAAAGGGGGAUUCAGGGCAGUGGUGGUGGUGGAAGCCUGACAGGAGUGAGUCCAAGAAUUGGAAGUGAUGGAGAAAUGAGAGAGUGUACACAACUCUUUAUAAUCUUGGCUCUGAAGAGAGAGGCCAGUGCUGGAGGGGAAUGUCAGGUCAAGGGAGAGAGUUUUGUUUCCCUUUAACAAGGGAGAUUCUAGAGUUUAUUUGAAUGCUUAUGGCCAUGACUUAGUGGGAGGGAGAGUACUAGUGGUCUGAUUGAUGAUGUUUGAUUGGAAAAAGAAAGGAGAUGCAAGUAGGCUUUGCUGUCUACUCUGUGUUGAGUUUGUACUAGGUACUAUGCUAAGUGGUUGGCACAGUAAGUGAUUAAUAUUCACAGUAACCCCAUGAAGUUGGUAUGAUUAUCCCUAUUUUACAGAUGAGGAAACAGGAGUUAAGUAGAACUAGAACCAAAGUCUUAAUCCAGAAGUGUUUGAUUUCAGAGCUUAGACCCUUAGCUCUGGCUUAUACUAUUGGAGGAUUUCCUCUAUGGUGGUGUAUUAGUUGGUUUCCUAGGGCUGCCAUCACAGAUUCCCACAAACCAGGUGGUGUAAACAACAGAAAUUAAUUUUCUCGCUGUCCUGGGGGCCAGAAGUCCAAGAUCAAGGUGUCGGCAGGUUUGGUUUCUCCCGAGGCCCGUCUCCUUGGCUUGCAGAUGGCUACUGUCUCCCUGUCCUCACAUGGCCUUUUCUCUGUGCACAUGUAUCCCUGGUGUCUCUCCUGUGUCCUAAUGUCCUCUCUUUAUAAGGGCACUUGUCAGACUGGAUCAAAGCCUACUCCAACGGUCUAAUUUUUACUUACUCACCACUUUAAAGGCCUUAUUUCCAAAUAGUCACAUUUUGACAUCAAGCCUUCAACCUAUGUGUUUUGGGGGGGGGGGCACAAUGCAGUCUGUAACAGAUGACUUCUGUUUCCUUAAAACUGUAAGGAAAAGAGUAGGUGUGGGGGAGCUUUGAAGAACGUGGAGAGGGAUGAAACAGUGAUUGAAGAGGGUGGAUAGGAGCUUACUAUAAAAAGGUAGUCUUACAGUCUUACAGUCAGUUGAACUUGGAGAUCAUUUGUUUAUAUCUCAAUUAUCUGAGGUUCUAUAGCAAUAUUCUGGUAAAUGAUUGGAGUAAAGAGUAAGAACUCAGUGCUGCAGCGAGGCUGCUGGUUGCUCACAUAGGCUUACUAACUAGCUACAUGACCAUUUUUUUUGUGUACAAAGUUGAAAUGUAAAUGCAUUCUGUUCACAUCCUCAGCAUAAUUACACAUUACUGUAUGUCAGGGACCUUUCUGGAUGUUCUCAAAUAGUUGAAAACAUGAAAGUUAAAUAAAUCUAUGAUUGCUAAGAUUUUGUUGCAUUUCACCAAUGCAGAAUUUAGCUUGAACAUUUUCCAACAGGUUCUACAAGUUGUCUUUCAUGAUUACUCACCACUCUCUUUGUGCUUCUUUCUCUCCCCCUCUUUCUUUCUUCCCUGUUAUCAUCUUCACUCAUCAGUUAUUUAUUGAGUAUCUACUAGAUGUCCGGCACUAGGGUAAAAAGAGUCAACAAUCUAGUGUGGGAGUCACAGAUGUGUAUAUGCAAAAAAAAAAAAAAAAAAGCCCCCAAUUGGUAAGGGGUAUUAUUAAGGUAAUAAUUCAUUUGUUCAUUUAUCCUGCAAAUAUAUUGAGUUUUUACUGAGUGUCAGGCAGUGUGUUAGGCUUGGUAUAGAGACAGGAGUAAGAUACAGUUUCUGCCCUCAAGAAACUUACAACCUGAUAUACAAAACAUAAACAGGUAAGUAAAUAAAGACAAUGCAAUGUGACAUCUGUAAAAUAUUAAAAUCAAUUCUCAAAGAAGUGCUCUGCUUUCCCUUGCAUGUUUGGAUACCUGUUGAAAGGAGCCGUUGCUGCAUUUUAACAAAAGGAACUAUAAAAAGAAUAUCCAUUCAUUUCACCCGUGGUUCUAAAUGCUUAUUUUUGUUGUGUAGUGAUGGUUUUGUAGCUCUUGAAUUACAAGCAAACAUCGAGUUUGGGAUCUAUGGCUUUUCUCUUCCCAUGAGUUUAUUGUCCACAGUUGACACCAUCAACACCUUUUUUUAGGUGAUAGGAUGGUUAGUGGUGUCCCUGAAAUACUUGACAGAAACCUGCUGAAUAUUAAAGCUUGUGAAAAAUCACAGUAACAGAGCACUCCUGUGGUGGUAGGUGAGCUGAGAACAUAUGCUAGCUAGAACAUACCUCAAAUAUUUGGGACUUGGAACUAUGUAUUAAUGGGCGGGGAGGUUCCCAGUAAUGUGAUUUUUUUUCAAAGGUGGUUAACAGCAGAUCAAAAACACUGAGAAGAAAGUGGGUUUUUGUAGAUUAUGUAAUUGAAACAUUUUCAAGUAUCCCUUCUUUUUACCUCAUCUCAGGAAAACAGUUAUUUACAACCAAACAUUUAUGGGGUUCAUUGAGACAACGGCUAUAAACUUGUUGCUUUCUUCAGAGGUGAUGUGCUAUACAAACUCAAGGUAUUAUUAUCUGCAAUCUAGACUUCUUUUUGUGGAAAAUGAUAACCAUAUUAUGGGAUUAGUGCAGGUAGUAGGGGGGAGGAAAGGCAAAUUUGAUCAAUGGUAUGUGUGGGAUUUAGAAUCAAUGGUUAACCUAAUAGCAGCUAAAAAUUGCUUUGAUAUCAUGCAACAAACACCCACUAUCUGCAUAUUGACUUCAUUUCAGAUUCGUAAUCUAGAGUAUGUCCUAGUGGAAGGAACACAGGUUGGGAACUAAGGGUAUAAAUUCUGGUCUACCUCUGCCAUUGACUACCUAUGUGCCUCAUUUUCCCUAUUUUUAAAAUGAAAUGGUUAUGAGAAAAGGUCGCUAAGGUCCCUCCAGUUCUAUUUCAUCAUUCUGUGAUUCUUCGCCUGUCAAAAGCAUAUGACUUUUUUUAAGUUGCUUACGCCAGCAUUUCAGUUAGAAUUGCAUCCAGGAGUUUGUUUCCAUGGGCUGUUGGGAACAGCAAGACCUUGCUUCUCCAGGACUUGAUAUGUCUUCUGUUAACUGCUGACAGUGAGCCAUACCACCUAAAAGGCUCCCUUGGUAGCCUUAAAGAUUGAAAGGACAAAUGGACAGUGUUGAGAGCUCUGUGGAAGAGGAGACCUGAGAGACGGUGAUCACCAUGGCCCCUUGGGAUUUGCAAAGAGGAAUGACUAGCACUGGGCCAUUCACUGCAGCCAGGUCAAAGGUCAGGUCAGGAAUGUGGACAAUGCUGGUGACUCCAGUUGCUUCCAAGAUCCGGUACUUACAGGAAUAUCAUAACCGGGUUCUUCACAACAUUUAUCCUGUACCUUCGGGAACAGAUAUUGCAAACACCCUGAAAUACUUUUCUCAGACCUUGUUAAGAAGACAAAGGAAAUCGAGCAUUUUGUCCCGCACAGGGAAGAAGGAAAACCAAGAUGCCUCCAAUUUGACAGUGCCCAUGACCAUGUGUCUUUUUCCUGUGCCAUUCCCACUCACCCCAUCUCUAAGACCGCAGGUCAGUUCCAUCAACCCUACUGUUACUCGCUCCCUCCUUUACAGCGUCCUGCGAGAUGCUCCCUCUGAACGCGGCCUGCAAAGUCGUGAUGCUCACUUGUCAGACUACCCUUCUUUGGACUAUCAAGGCCUCUACGUGACUUUGGUGACUCUUCUGGAUCUAGUUCCUUUACUCCAGCACGGCCAACACGAUCUUGGACAGUCGAUAUUUUAUACAACUACAUGUUUGCUACCCUUUCUCAAUGAUGAUAUUCUGAGUACUUUGCCCUACACGAUGAUAUCAACGUUAGCUACCUUUCCUCCAUUUCUGCACAAGGAUAUUAUUGAAUAUCUUAGCACAUCUUUUCUACCAAUGGCUAUAUUGGGUUCCUCAAGAAGAGAAGGCGUUCCUGCCCAUGUUAAUCUGUCUGCAUCAUCCAUGCUAAUGAUUGCAAUGCAAUACACAUCCAACCCAGUGUAUCAUUGUCAAUUAUUGGAAUGCCUCAUGAAAUAUAAGCAAGAAGUCUGGAAAGAUCUUUUGUACGUGAUUGCCUAUGGGCCUUCACAAGUGAAACCUCCGGCUGUACAAAUGUUGUUCCAUUACUGGCCCAAUUUAAAACCUCCUGGGGCAAUAAGUGAAUACAGGGGCUUGCAGUACACAGCUUGGAAUCCCAUCCACUGCCAGCACAUUGAAUGCCACAAUGCAAUUAACAAGCCAGCUGUGAAGAUGUGUAUCGACCCUUCCCUGUCAGUAGCUCUAGGGGAUAAACCACCCCCAUUGUAUCUCUGCGAAGAAUGCAGCCAGAGGAUUGCGGGGGACCACAGUGAAUGGCUCAUUGAUGUGCUUCUGCCUCAAGCUGAAAUAUCUGCUAUAUGUCAGAAAAAGAACUGCAGUUCCCAUGUAAGAAGAGCAGUUGUUACCUGCUUUUCAGCGGGCUGCUGUGGCCGUCACGGAAACAGGCCCGUUCGGUACUGCAAGAGAUGCCACUCGAAUCAUCACAGCAAUGAAGUGGGGGCUGCGUCGGAGACCCACCUCUAUCAGACCUCCCCUCCACCCAUCAACACUCGGGAAUGCGGCGCCGAGGAGCUGGUCUGCGCCGUGGAGGCUGUGAUCAGCUUGUUGAAAGAAGCCGAGUUCCAUGCUGAGCAGCGGGAAUACGAGCUGAAUCGCCGGCGGCAGCUGGGACUUUCCUCUUCCCACCAUUCCCUGGAUAACACUGACUUUGACAACAAGGAUGAUGAUAAACACGACCAGCGACUACUCAGUCAAUUUGGAAUAUGGUUUUUAGUGAGCCUUUGCACGCCCAGUGAGAACACACCUACAGAGAGCUUGGCCAGGCUGGUGGCCAUGGUGUUUCAGUGGUUCCACUCCACGGCAUAUAUGAUGGACGAUGAAGUUGGAAGUUUGGUGGAAAAACUGAAGCCUCAGUUUGUCACCAAGUGGUUGAAGACAGUCUGUGAUGUUCGCUUUGAUGUCAUGGUCAUGUGCCUUCUUCCCAAACCAAUGGAAUUUGCCAGGGUUGGUGGUUACUGGGAUAAAUCCUGCAGCACGGUGACUCAGUUGAAGGAAGGUCUCAACCGAAUCCUCUGCCUGAUCCCCUACAAUGUGAUCAGUCAGUCUGUGUGGGAGUGUAUUAUGCCCGAGUGGCUGGAAGCCAUCAGAACAGAAGUCCCAGAUAACCAGUUAAAAGAAUUCAGGGAAGUAUUAAGCAAAAUGUUUGACAUUGAGCUCUGUCCUCUACCUUUUUCAUUGGAAGAAAUGUUUGGCUUUAUUAGUUGUCGGUUCACAGGAUACCCUUCCUCUGUGCAGGAACAAGCUUUACUGUGGCUUCAUGUAUUAUCGGAGUUAGACAUCAUGGUUCCACUUCAACUAUUGAUAAGUAUGUUUUCUGAUGGAGUUAAUUCUGUUAAAGAACUGGCAAAUCAAAGAAAAUCAAGAGUCAGUGAACUGGCAGGGAACCUUGCAGCUCGAAGGGUGAGUGUUGCCUCUGAUCCUGGCCGACGAGUUCAGCACAAUAUGCUGAGUCCAUUUCAUAGUCCUUUUCAGAGUCCAUUUCGGAGUCCUAUGCGUAGUCCAUUUCGUAGCCCUUUCAAGAAUUUUGGACACCCAGGAGGAAGGACUAUUGACUUUGAUUGUGAAGAUGAUGAAAUGAAUCUAAAUUGUUUCAUCCUCAUGUUUGAUCUUCUCCUGAAGCAGAUGGAGUUACAAGAUGAUGGGAUUACGAUGGGUUUAGAGCACAGCUUAUCAAAGGACAUUAUUUCCAUUAUAAACAAUGUCUUCCAAGCUCCCUGGGGGGGCUCCCACACCUGCCAGAAGGAAGAAAAGGCAAUUGAGUGUAACUUAUGUCAGUCUAGUAUUCUCUGCUAUCAGCUUGCUUGUGAACUCUUGGAGAGACUGGCUCCUAAAGAAGAAAGCCGGCUGGUGGAGCCCACAGACAGCCUUGAGGACAGCCUCCUUUCUUCCAGACCAGAGUUUAUUAUAGGCCCUGAAGGUGAGGAGGAGGAAAAUCCAGCAACCAAGCAUGGGGAGAACCCAGGCAGUCGCGCUGAGUCCACGGAGCAUGCUGCAAUAAAGAAUGACACUGAGAGAAAGUUUUGCUACCAACAGCUUCCAGUAACUUUGAGACUAAUAUACACCAUUUUCCAGGAAAUGGCUAAGUUUGAAGAGCCAGACAUUCUUUUUAAUAUGCUCAAUUGCCUGAAGAUUCUCUGUCUACAUGGAGAGUGUUUAUACAUCGCUAGAAAAGACCAUCCUCAAUUUUUAGCCUACAUUCAGGAUCAUAUGUUGAUUGCAAGCCUGUGGAGAGUCGUCAAAUCUGAGUUCUCCCAACUGUCUUCAUUAGCAGUUCCUCUGCUUCUCCAUGCUUUGUCACUUCCUCAUGGUGCUGACAUCUUCUGGACAAUUAUAAAUGGCAAUUUCAACAGCAAAGACUGGAAGAUGAGGUUUGAAGCAGUGGAGAAAGUGGCUGUAAUUUGUAGAUUUUUGGAUAUUCACUCCGUCACCAAAAACCACCUGCUGAAGUACUCCCUGGCACAUGCCUUCUGCUGCUUUCUGACAGCUGUGGAGGAUGUCAACCCAGCUGUGGCUACCAGGGCCGGUCUCCUGCUUGACACCAUAAAGAGGCCAGCAUUGCAGGGUCUGUGUCUUUGUCUUGAUUUCCAGUUUGAUACUGUGGUUAAAGAUCGACCCACAAUACUGAGCAAGCUUUUACUCCUGCAUUUUCUUAAGCAAGAUAUUCCUGCUUUGAGCUGGGAGUUCUUUGUCAACAGAUUUGAGACACUUUCUUUGGAAGCUCAGCUACAUUUGGAUUGUAACAAAGAAUUUCCUUUUCCUACAACUAUCACUGCUGUAAGGACCAAUGUCGCUAAUCUCAGUGAUGCGGCAUUGUGGAAGAUCAAGAGGGCUCGUUUUGCGAGGAACCGCCAGAAGAGUGUGCGUUCUCUGAGAGACAGCGUGAAGGGGCCUGUGGAAUCCAAGAGGGCCCUCUCCCUCCCUGAGACCUUGACCUCCAAAAUUCCUAUGAGGUUGACCAGGCAUGAGCAGUCUGCUCCAGCUCUCGGUGGGACACCCGAACAGACACCAGGACAACAGUCUCCUGAGAAUGACAACACCAUCAAGGACUUGCUCCCCGAAGAUGCUGGGAUCGACCACCAGACAGUUCACCAGCUGAUCACAGUGCUCAUGAAGUUCAUGGCCAAGGACGAGAGCAGUGCCGAGUCAGACAUCAGCAGUGCGAAGGCCUUCAACACAGUCAAGCGGCACCUGUACGUCUUACUCGGCUAUGACCAACAGGAAGGUUGCUUCAUGAUCGCACCUCAAAAAAUGCGCCUGUCAACUUGCUUUAAUGCGUUUAUUGCAGGAAUUGCCCAAGUUAUGGACUAUAACAUUAAUUUGGGCAAACACCUUCUCCCCUUGGUGGUUCAGGUGCUCAAAUACUGCUCUUGUCCUCAGCUACGGCAUUAUUUCCAACAGCCACCUCGUUGUUCCCUCUGGUCCCUAAAACCUCACAUCCGGCAGAUGUGGUUGAAGGCCUUGCUUGUCAUCCUUUACAAGUAUCCAUACCGAGACUGUGAUAUCAGCAAGGUCCUGCUGCAUCUGAUUCACAUAACAGUCAAUACACUCAAUGCACAGUAUCAUAGCUGCAAGCCCCAUGCCACGGCAGGACCUUUGUACAGUGACAACAGUAACAUAAGCAGAUACAGCGAAAAAGAAAAAGAAGAAGAUAGUGUUUUUGAUGAAUCUGAUAUUCAUGAUACACCUACUGGACCCUGCAAUAAAGAGUCUCAAACUUUUUUUGCAAGAUUGAAAAGAAUAGGCGGCAGCAAAAUGGUGAAAUAUCAGCCGGUUGAGAUGAAUGUUCAGAGAAGUGAAAUAGAACUGGCCGAAUAUAGAGAAACGGGUGCAUUACAAGACAGCAUUCUGCACUGUGUGAGAGAAGAAAGCAUUCAGAAAAAAAAGCUGCGCUCUUUAAAACAAAAAUCUCUUGAUAUAGGGAAUGCAGACUCCCUCUUGUUUACAUUAGACGAGCACCGGAGGAAGUCCUGCAUAGACCGGUGUGACCUAGAUAAGCCUCCCGUCCAUGCCGCUUACAUCAUGCAAAGACAUGACCACGGACGUCCCAGACAGAAUUCUGCUACUCGGCCCGACGACCCCGAACCACCCGAGAACCCCGCAAUGGAAAGUUUCCAGGAAGCUCGCAGGCCCGUGAUACCCGAAGUUCGGUUAAACUGCAUGGAGACGUUUGAGGUCAAGGUUGAUUCUCCUGUAAAGCCUGCUCCUAAAGAGGAUUUAGAUCUGAUAGAUUUGUCCUCCGAUUCAACAUCUGGGCCUGAGAAACGCUCGGUGCUCUCAACGUCUGACAGCGACUCCCUUGUGUUUGAGCCCCUUCCCCCUCUCCGAAUAGUAGAGAGCGAUGAAGAAGAGGAGACCACGGGCCCGGGAAGUGAGGGGGCCUCUGCUAAGAAGGCCACCUCCUCUCCCUCAGUCCCCAGCCCCCGCUCUGUCCCCAGCCUCAGCACGCCUCCCCUUGUGCAAGUGAGCGUGGAGGAUUGUUCCAAAGACUUUUCUUCCAAGGACUCAGGAAACAACCAGUCAGCAGGUGCCACGGACUCGGCGCUCAUAGCUCUGGAGGACCCCGCGGACUCCGCAGAAUUAUCAAAGCUGGGGGAGCCACAGGACUUUCCCUGUGGCAGCCCGCUGACGCUGAAGCAGAAACGAGACCUCCUUCAGAAGUCAUAUGCUGUCCCUGAGGUGUCACUGGACGAUAGCCCAGAGCCCAGCAUCCAGGAGGAGAAGCCCAGUGGGCCGAUGCCAAGUUCAGGGGUAAAAACCGUCCUCCUCAAAGUCCCCGAGGAUGCUGAGAACCCAGUGGAAAGUGAGAAGGGGGAAGCCAGUGCCGAAUCGGAUACAGAACAGAAUCCGGAGAGGAAGACCGAAGAGGAGGGCGCUGAGGAGUCCGAAUUCAAGAUCCAGAUUGUUCCCAGGCAGAGAAAACAGAGGAAGAUCGCUGUCAGUGCCAUCCAGAGAGAGUACCUGGACAUUUCCUUCAACAUUCUAGACAAGCUGGGAGAACAGAAAGAUCCAGAUCCCUCUACUAAAGGACUUUCAACUUUGGAAAUGCCACGAGAAUCCUCAUCUGCCCCAACAUUAGAAGCAGGGGUGCCAGAAACAAGUAGCCAUUCCUCAAUAUCAACUCAGUAUAGGCAGAUGAAAAGGGGAUCCCUGGGAGCUCUAACAAUGAGCCAGUUAAUGAAGCGACAGCUGGAGCAUCAGUCUAGCGCCCCCCAUAACAUCAGCAACUGGGACACUGAACAGAUACAGCCCGGGAAACGCCAAUGCAAUGUGCCGAUGUGCCUAAACCCUGACCUGGAGGGACAACCAUUGAGAAUGAGAGGCGCCACGAAAUCCAGCCUGCUGUCAGCGCCCAGCAUCGUCAGUAUGUUUGUGCCGGCACCCGAAGAAUUCACGGACGAGCAGCCGACGGUGAUGACAGACAAAUGCCAUGACUGUGGGGCCAUUCUUGAAGAAUAUGACGAGGAAACCCUUGGGCUGGCCAUUGUGGUCCUUUCCACAUUCAUUCACCUAAGCCCAGACUUGGCAGCCCCGCUGUUGCUGGAUAUAAUGCAGUCUGUGGGAAGAUUGGCAUCCAGCACUACUUUUUCCAAUCAAGCAGAAAGCAUGAUGGUUCCCGGCAACGCAGCGGGGGUGGCCAAGCAGUUCCUACGCUGCAUCUUCCAUCAGCUGGCCCCCAACGGCAUCUUUCCACAGCUGUUCCAGAGCACUAUCAAAGAUGGGACUUUCUUACGGACCUUAGCCACGUCUCUCAUGGACUUCAAUGAGCUGAGCUCUCUCGCUGCUCUCAGUCAGCUCUUGGAGGGUCUAAAUAACAAAAAGAAUUUACCAGCAGGGGGUGCUAUGAUACGCUGUUUGGAAAACAUUGCUACCUUCAUGGAAGCUUUGCCCAUGGAUUCUCCUAGCAGCCUCUGGACCACAAUCAGCAACCAGUUUCAGACGUUUUUUGCCAAGCUGCCUUGUGUUUUGCCUCUAAAGUGUUCUUUAGAUUCCAGUUUGAGAAUUAUGAUUUGCCUCUUGAAGAUACCCUCUACCAAUGCCACAAGGAGUCUGUUGGAACCAUUUUCAAAACUGCUCAGCUUUGUGAUUCAGAAUGCCGUCUUCACUUUAGCCUACCUGGUGGAGGUGUGUGGUUUGUGUUACCGAGCUUUCACAAAGGAGCGGGAUAAAUUCUACUUGUCUCGUAGUGUUGUUCUGGAACUCCUGCAGGCCCUGAAGCUCAAAUCCCCUUUACCAGAUACAAACCUCCUCCUGCUUGUCCAGUUUAUUUGUGCAGAUGCUGGAACCAAACUAGCUGAGUCAACAAUCCUGAGCAAGCAGAUGAUUGCCUCUGUACCUGGAUGUGGGACAGCCGCGAUGGAGUGUGUGAGGCAGUACAUCAACGAAGUGCUGGACUUCAUGGCGGACAUGCACACUCUCACCAAACUGAAGAGCCACAUGAAGACAUGUUCCCAGCCUCUGCAUGAAGAUACUUUUGGUGGACACCUCAAAGUUGGGCUGGCUCAGAUUACAGCCAUGGAAAUCUCACGGGGCAACCACAGAGAUAACAAGGCUGUGAUUCGCUACCUGCCUUGGCUCUAUCAUCCCCCUUCUGCAAUGCAACAAGGGCCAAAAGAAUUCAUCGAGUGUAUCUCCCGCAUCCGUCUGCUGUCCUGGCUGCUCCUGGGCUCCCUCACUCAUAACGCUGUGUGUCCAAAUGCCUCCUCUCCGUGCCUGCCCAUACCUCUGGAUGCCGGCUCUCAUAUUGCAGACCAUCUCAUUGUCAUCCUGAUUGGAUUUCCAGAGCAAUCAAAGACCUCCGUGCUGCAUAUGUGUUCUCUCUUCCACGCAUUUAUCUUUGCUCAGCUCUGGACCGUAUAUUGCGAACAAAGUGCCGUAGCUACAAAUGUCCAAAGUCAGAAUGAAUUCAGCUUCACGGCGAUCCUGACCGCACUGGAGUUUUGGAGCAGGGUGACACCCAGCAUCCUUCAGCUGAUGGCUCACAACAAAGUGAUGGUGGAAAUGGUGUGCCUCCACGUGAUUAGUUUAAUGGAGGCAUUGCAAGAGUGCAAUUCAACAAUUUUUGUCAAGCUGAUACCUAUGUGGUUGCCGAUGAUCCAGUCAAAUACCAAGCACUUAUCCGCCGGACUCCAGCUUCGCCUCCAGGCCAUUCAGAACCACGUGAACCACCACAGCUUAAGGACGCUGCCGGGCUCCGCCCAGAGCAGUGCCGGCCUGGUGGCCCUUCGCAAGUGGCUGCAGUGCACCCAGUUCAAAAUGGCCCAGGUGGAGAUCCAGUCCUCGGAAGCAGCCUCUCAAUUUUAUCCUCUAUGAGCGGACUCCUCGGCUCUCAGUGUCAACACUCUGGUUUAGCAAUAAUGGGUUUCAAAACAAAACAAUUUGAUCCAAGCAGGUUGGGGAACAUACUGGUACUGUCCAUUCUCUUUCUAGUCUAGUAAAAGACGUGCAAAGGCCAGAGAGGGCCAACAAUGAAGCUUUCUUGCUACACAUAUUUCUGAUGACUCCUUGGGCUAUCUGAUUAAGUGUUUCCUUACAUUAUUUUUUAAAAAACCAAAUCAUUUUUCUUUAACUAACUUCUAUUUUUUUUAAGAAAAAAAAAAUAGACUGGUGGGUACUCACAGAAAAGUUGUAUAAGUCCCCCUGUUGCUAUUUUUGAUGAUAGAGAAUAAAUAGGGUUUUUGAAACCUUUGUAGUGUUUUUUUCUUAAAAUCCACUCUUGGCAAUGCAAUAAAAAACCCGUCACCACAAGCCAGUGACACUUGACUGAAGCUUUUUGUCAUUAUCCUGGGAAAAGUGGCAGCUUGCAAGGACCAUUACAAAGUGCACUUAGAAAUUAGGUGGUUAACCUGUGCCAAUUGUUUUUUUCUUUGUUUUAUAAUCUCAUUUUCCAAAACUGUCCAGUAAGUUUUAUUAUUUUUAAAACUAAUUUUUCAACUCAUUCGUUCUAGGCUGUACUUUCUUGUAAGCUUUAUGACAACCACUUAAGUUUUGUGAAUAAUAAAUUUUAUUCUUUUGUUAAUACUUGUAAUACAAUUCAAUUUAAAACUGUAGAUCGCACACUGGACCAGACGACUCCCCACGCUGGCACAGAACACUGCACCUGAAGUUAUGUUUCAUAAAACAGAAUUUUAAUAGUGUAAGAACACCAAGAUUUAUCAGCACUCCUACUUAGCAUUUGACUGUGCAUUCACAAAUGAUCUUUCUCUUCUCUAUCCCUGUAAUGCACUGACGACAAGAAGACUUACUAUACAUUUAAGCUGUAUAUUGAAAUGCUAUUAAAUGCAUUUUUUAUUA